AUGUAGUUGUUGUGUAAACUAAGCUAGCUAAGGUUACAUCCCCUGAACAUACACACGUGUUGAAGCUGUCCGCUUAUGUUAGAGCCUGUAGGACAAUAGUAGUAACUGCCGAGAAACUACAAAACCCGAGGGGGAUAUGUGUGUGUUCACGGAAGACUUUGUUGAUGCCGAGCCGCUUUAGCAGUAGACAGUAUGAGUGGUCAAAGUCCUUCAGCCUCUAAUGGCAUCACUCCAGUCCAGCAGAUGGCAGCGUCCUGCUCCGGAGCCAUCCUCACAUCUUUAUUUGUUACACCUUUGGAUGUUGUGAAGAUCAGACUGCAAGCGCAGAAGAAUCCCUUCCCCAAAGGAAAAUGCUUUGUCUACUGCAACGGACUCAUGGAUCACUUAUGUGUGUGUGAAAACGGCAACUCCAAGGCCUGGUACAAAGCCCCUGGUCACUUCAAUGGCACACUGGAUGCUUUCGUCAAGAUAGUCCGCAAUGAAGGAAUAAAAUCAUUAUGGAGCGGUCUACCUCCAACCCUAGUCAUGGCAGUCCCAGCGACAGUGAUCUACUUCACGUGCUACGACCAGCUGUGUGCAGCGCUGAGGGCCCGGAUGGGAAACCGCGCUCAGGAGGCUCCUCUUCUAGCAGGAGCUAUCGCUAGAGUGGGUUCAGCGUCAGUGAUCAGCCCUCUGGAGCUGAUCCGUACAAAGAUGCAGUCUCGGAAACAGUCGUACAGGGAGCUGACAACCAUCAUCCGCUCUGCAGUGCAGACAGAGGGCUGGCUGUCUCUGUGGCGAGGUUUGGGGCCCACACUCUUCCGAGACGUGCCCUUCUCCGCCAUGUACUGGUACAACUAUGAGAGGGGCAAGAGCCUGCUGUGUGAAUGGAACAACCUGAGAGAACCUACGUUUGCUAUUACCUUCAUAUCUGGAGCGUUGUCUGGCUCUUUUGCGGCCAUUGUAACGUUACCUUUUGAUGUCGUCAAAACGAGAAGGCAGGUGGAGCUGGGAGAGCUACAAGCAAGGAAUUUGUCGUAUCAGGUCUCGUCCUCCACCUUCACUGUGAUGAGCAGGAUUGUGGCGCAGCACGGUUUCACUGGACUGUUUGCAGGUUUCCUCCCAAGGGUCAUCAAAGUGGCCCCGGCCUGCGCCAUCAUGAUCAGCACUUACGAGUUUGGGAAAGCUUUUUUCCGCAAACACAACCAGGAGAGGAUAGUCGGGCCACUGCAGACCAGCAACACCUGAUAGUUUUCUAGUCAUUUCCCUCCAAACCAAACAGCACUACAAAUACUGUGAUACUAAAGCAGGGGAGAAAAGGCUUGUUUUGCCAAAUUAAAAACACAAGCAGAAAUGGAAGUAGAAAAAAUGAACUGCUUGACCCAUUUCUGCACUACAAGAUUCCUAUUAAAUUCCAUAUUAGUAUUUAUAAAUGAAUAUUUUUUGAUUUUAUGUUCACUUUUACAAAUCCUAUGUGCAUAAGAAGUUAUAUUUUGUUUUCUCAGCAUUCAAAUCACUUAUGAUGCAUUGAACAGCCAGCAGAUGGCAGCCACAGUUUUUCUAAUAUGUGAUAUGUGAUAAUGCGCACUGAAGUUCUUACAUUAGAAAUGAGAGAAUGAGAGAUUAAUCUUUGUUAUUCCUCUGUGUGUCAGUCAGAGUCAGCAUUUCCUCCCCCGACGCUGAGAAACGACCUUUAUGUUUUGCACUUUCUCUCCAGUCCUAUAACCUGUGAAAACACGUGACAGAGAGACAAAAGCCCAAAUUGUGCCAUUUCAAAGCCAUUCAAGUGGGGAAGAGAACGUGAACUUUUUGAAAAUGUAAUGUCUGAAAUGUUAAAUAUACUUACCUUUUAGUCUUUGGAAAUUCCUGUCAUUCACUGACUUUGUACAAGCUUCAUCACAUCUGUUCACUGUCAACAACAAACUCAAAAGUCACUGUCAAAUUCUCACUGUUUGAGUUAGUGGAGUUUAUUUAAAAUGAAGGAUAAAAAAGCAAACAAAUCCAAUAAAACAUCUGCUGCAUGUCUGUGCAAAUGAUUGCUGGAACGAGCUAAAGGCAAAGUCAUGUGUUCAGUGUUGAGGUACACGGCUAGUCACCAAUUUUUUAAAAAAAAUUUACACUAUAUAACGAUAUUCUGCAAAUACACUCAAUCUCAAAAAUAUCUGUUGCAAGAUAUUAUUUACCAGGUCCAAACACAGAUCAUUAUUCAAAGUUUUAGGUGCAAUCUAUUUGUGUGACUAGCCAUUAAAAUACUGCAUUGAAUAAUUAAGGAAUAAUAAUCUGUGUAUAGUAAUGCUUAAAGGGAAACCCCAAAAUCAAAAACAUUUUUUUCUCUUACCUGUAGUGCUGUGUAUCAAUCUGGAUUUUUUAGGUGCAGAAAUCUCUGCAGCCAAUAUCUCCAAAAAUCAGCAACUCGCACCUAAACAAUCUAGAUAGAUAAAUAGCUCUAACUGUCCCUUAACCUUAAAGUAGUGAACGGUAAUUAUUAAUUGUAGGGAUCAUUACCUGAGAACAAAAUCAUGUGACACUGCAUCAUACACAACAUUGAACACUGAUAAACAAAAAGAGAGAAAAGUGCAAAAAUAUUUUCGGCAUUUGACAUAAUGUGACAAACGUGGCAGUACAUUCAUCAUAAAUCAAAGAGACCACUAGAUUAAAAUUAAAAAAUCAGUGGCAGCAGAAUUAGCACAGACGAGAUUAAAAGACCUUUCCAAAUGAUUCAUAGUGACAAGAGACUAAACACCGACUGGCUUUCAAUAUUUCGUGUUUUCUCAAAACUUUGAUCUACAAUCAGUAUUUUCAGCAUGCUAUUAUUUCCUGGGAAACCUUUCAGUUCUUGCUUUCUAAUCUUUUGAUUUAUUUCCCAUAGAGGAAAAAAAACUAUGUCCCACAGAUAAAAACAUCAACAAAACAAAGAAUUUAAACGCAUAUUGAGAGGUAAAGUCCCUCUUCUUCAACCAUCAACCACACUUUAUUUUGGGAAAAAAUAUAUGUGCAGUAUUAAAUAGCGGGAAACAAAUCAUUUCUUGAUCCCAUUUAAAUAGUGCCAAUGUGAUGUUUGUCAAUUUAAACGAUAAUUUAGUAAGUCAAGAAAACUGUUGGAAAUAUAAAAUUGUGAAAAUACAUAUUUAGAAAGAUUACACCCCCAAAAAUCGUGCAAGUGACAUCAUAAACUUUUUUUUUCGCUGAAGCUUCAGUGCCUGUGUUUUUCGUUCCGGGAUGCACUCAAGAAGCAUAGCUGCCGCUCUCGACAUUGCCAGAUUUAUAGUGAUUUUCAACUCUUUCAUGAUAUUUUCCCUCAAUUUUGAAGAACAAACACCCUUGUCUGUGUCUGUGAUAUAAAUUUUGCAAGACAAGAAAUCACUGAGUACUAAACUUAAUGAUGCUAACAAACAAACUACGACACACUGCAACUUUCUAU